AUGUCCUCCAAGCUCAUCCCGGACAGCCCGGCCGACGUAGCCGUCAUCCGGCACAUAACGCCCAACGUCGUUACCGUCUCCAUGCCCUUCUCCCGUUUCGGCAUCCUCCGCAUCGGCGGCCGCGGCACUAUAAUGCGCCUCACGUCGGGAGCCCUAGCCGUGUUCUCGCCCGUGGCACUGACGCCCGAGACGCGGGCCAAGGUCGCCGAGAUGGGCGGGAACGUCGGGUACCUGAUCGCGGGCGACAUCGAGCACCACAUCUACCUGUCGGAGUGGGCGCGGGCAUACCCGGGCGCGAAGCUCGUCGGGCCGAAGGGCCUGGCCGAGAAGCGCGCCGCGGCGCACGGCAAGGACGCCAAGAUCGGCGCCGAGCCCUUCAGCUUCGUGUUCGGCGAGGCGCCCGGCGGCGACGGCGACGGCCGCGUCGUGGACGACGAGUUCGCCGCCGACUUCGACGUCGAGUACGUCGCCGCGCACCCGAACCGCGAGAUCGUGCUGCUCUACAAGCCGGACCGCGUCCUCGUCGAGGCGGACCUGCUCUUCAACCUGCCCGCCGUCGAGCAGUACUCGCGCGUGCCGGCCGCCGCCGCCGCGCCGCGGGAGGGCGCCCUGCGCCGGCUCGCCAACCGCAUCUUCGAGGCGCUCAACACCACGGCCGGCGCGGCCCGCGGCACCAAGCGGUUCCUGUGGUAUUUCAUCGCCGGCGCGGGCGGCGACCGCGACGCCUUCAACGCGAGCGUGCGGCGGAUCGCGUCCUGGGACUUCGACACGAUCGUGCCCUGCCACGGCGAGACGAUCGAGGGCCGCGGCAAGGCCGUCUUCGAGAAGAUGUUCGAGUGGCACCUGCAGAGCCGCAAGUGA